GCACACCGCAUUCCGACACCGUCCGCUGGCACGCAAACAACUCUCGCGCUCUGCCGCUGCGUACCGUGUUCUAUUGCUGCUACUGCUGCUGCUGUCGCUGCUGCUGCUGCUGCUCUCGCCGUCGACGAUAUAAUAACGAUAUUGUUAUUACGUUUUAUUUUAAAAAUUCUUAUAAAUUGUUCGUGAUACGAAUCGGUGCGAUUUCGUUUUGGAUUUACGACAGUCGUUUAUUAUAAAACUCACUGUUACGUCAAUUUCCGUGUGUGUUUCGUACCCGCCAGCUACAGUCGUCAUGUCUUCCGUCGCCACUGAAAUGCAACAACCCGUCUCCAGGACUUACCAAUACAGAAAGGUCAUGAAACCAAUGUUGGAACGCAAACGCCGCGCUCGCAUCAAUCGGUGCUUGGACGAGCUCAAGGAACUGAUGGUGGUCGCCCUGCAAUCCGAAGGCGAAAACGUCAGCAAACUGGAAAAGGCCGACAUACUCGAACUAACUGUCCGACACUUGCACAAGUUGCGCCGCCAACAAAGGCUUUCCGGCAACCCGGUGACCGAGAUGGAUCGAUUCCGUGCAGGAUACACGCGUUGCGCCUCUGAGGUGUCCCGGUGCCUGGCCGCCACACCCGGCCUGGACGUCACCCUGGGCGCCAACCUCAUGACUCACCUGGGCCACCGACUCAACUCGAUCCAACCCACCGGAUCCACAUCGGCCGUGACCACUUCACCGGCCACGCCGUUAACACUCAACACCGAUAUGUCCUCGUCUUCGUCCUCGUCGUCCUCGUCCUCGGCGUCGUCGUCGGCGUCGUCGUCGUGUUCGUCACCACCACCACCCCCGUCACCUACCGGCAGCACCACCUCGUCGUAUCCGAUGCCACUGACGCCCAACUCGAUGGUCGGCACCGGAUGCAGCACGGACUCCACUUCCACCGGACUCCUGCAAGUUGUCGACAUGUCCCUGAAAAACGACAACGCCUCCGUUUGGAGGCCUUGGUAAACUGAUCACCGUGUUACCCACACACACGCACACACGUGCACGCGAUAUUACCAAUUAUUAUAUAUUAUUUUAUUUGUAUCGAUUUGAUUUGAUUUUUUUUUUUUUUUUUGUUAUUGCCUACACUUUAUAUUGUAUCGUUUUCUUGUUAUGUUAUACAUUCUCUGGAAAAAAUCAUCCAAAUGUCUGUAUAACGGUAGGUACGCGGACGCAAACGGGUUUUAUCGAACUUUUUACGCUUAUAUGAACGAAAAGAUUUUGACAUAUACGUAUGAUAUAUUAAAAUUAUAUUAUUGUCUAUAUUAUAUAGUUUUUGAUAAAUUAUUAUAAGGCAUUUUUUUAUUCGCACGCGUUCAUAUAUAUAAUAUUACUAUU